UCACAAUGGUUGGCUUUGUCUUUCCACAUGGAAUGAGGGUGGGGAUGGAGAGGCGCUCCUUCAUGUCCCUCCUGUUUACCUGGGGCCUGUGCCCACAGUGCCUGGGUCUCAGCUUGUUGAUGGCUGUUGUAGAGAUGAGAAGCGUGAGAACAGCUAAUGCACCCGCCACGGGCCUGCUCCUCUGCAGACAGGGACUGAUGCACAAAGGGAGAAGGCAGGAAUGGUCUUUCUGGUUCUAGACACCAAGACUGCAAGGAAGAGGAGUGAACAGACAUGGACGGUGGAGGAAGGGCAGCUCAAGGUGCUAAUCCCAGCUUCCUGUCUGGAUUUUCCUUGACUGCUGCCUAGGGCCUAUCUUAGGAUGGUCGCAGCUGCUGAAAUAGAUCUCCCCCUCACCUGUUCUUAGCAGAGAAGACCUUGCUUAGUCCCUGUUCGAAGAGGCAUGCUUUAGUAAUUUUUCCAACAACGGGGUCGCUGAUGCUGAACUCCCCAAGCUCCUUCACCUCUGAAAAUCAGUGGCUUCGCCUUGGCCGAGAACAAGGGAGCAAGCAGCUGCCGCGGGAGAACCUAGGGGUCGGUAGCACAUUCCUGGCCAGAGCCCCAGCCUCUUCCGUGAAGUUGGCCGGUGCUUCCUGCCUUGGUCGGCUCCAGAAACCACUAUUCGGUGCGCAGGACGCCGCUCUGACUCACAGAGCAACAAGAUGUACACCCUCAGCCGUCCUCACUCACCUUCCCUGGCCCCCAAGCCUACCCCUUUGCUCCUACGAAAUUGUCAGUUCCUGUUUAACUCGUCGUCUGAGCCAAUCCGGCUCUGGGUCCUGGAAACCGAGUGUGGGGGUGGGGGCCCGCCUUCCCCAUCCCACGCAUUCACGCCAUAGAGAUGUCCCGCCCCCAAGGCCCGGUGCUGGGGAUGAGUGAGGGUGGGAAGGACAGAGAGGCACAAGGCACUAAGUUCCCGCUGCCCUGGCGCGGGGCAGGGGGGCUUGAAUUGGACCCCUCGCAGAGGCACAGGUUCCUGCUGGGUUUCUCAGGGACCCCACCUCUCCAGAGUCGGAGAGAGGAGGGCGGAGGGAGCCCUAGGCACCAGGGCGGAGCCCGCGCGUGCGUGACAGGAGCCGGCCCCUGCGGCGUCGCCUUGGUUAUGCUGACCUGCUGACGCCCGCCAUGGCGGCUCCGGCGGGAGGGAACUGGGGCUUCCCGCCCUCACAGAGCGCAGCCCCGACGCCCUGGGUGACCGGCCUGCAGGCCCUUCCGUGGGUCGUCCUGUCUCAGCCCCCGCAGGCGGGCCGUGUGAUGGAAGAGCUGCUGGAGCUAAUGAUGCUGCAGAACGCGCAGAUGCACCAGGUGCUGCUCAGUCGCCUGGUGGCUGGGGCGCUGACCCCUGAGCCGACCGCCAGCAGCACGGAGGUCUACCUGGAGAGUCACCAGGAGCCUGAGGAGGAGGAAGAGCUGGAGAUCCAGGAGGAAGGGCCUCUGGUGGUCCACCACCACUACUUGCCCUGCUCGCUGCCCACCCUGGGCCCUCUGCUGCCCUGGCCAGCCCCUCUCCUACCCCCUCCCUCAUGGCAGUCCCACCUGCAGGCCACCCCCAGGAUUCAGCCCCGUACUCCUGCCCCCAGGAAGAGGGAGGCGAGAGCUGUGCCCCCGCCCCCACCCCCCAGCGCCACUGGGACUGUGGGUGUAGAUGUGCUCCCGGCUUCAGAUUACUAUGACGCUGAGAGCCUGCCAUGAGGAUGGAUGCUGGCCCUGGACCUGUGCCAGCUUCGUCAGAGGGUGGAAGCCACCCAGGGCCCCCUAUGUGCCUGUGGCCUGUGCUUCCGCCCUGAACCCACCCGCCCUUUCUUCCGGUGAAUCAGUCCCCUCUCCACCUCACUGCGAUCCUUAGCAGACUGACCUUGGCUCUGAGGUGAGAGCCUUCUAGACCACCACCCAGGGCCUGGCAGCCACACGAAAGCCCAACUCUGCCCCACUAGUUCCUGUCUAGAAAAGGGGAAGCCUGGGAACCAGUGCCCUACCCUUAGUUUCGUUCCUUACCCCACGCUCUGCGCUGACAAAGCUCAGGGUCUCCUGUUGGCCUAAGAAUGGGAGGGGGGCAGGGUACCACUUCUGUUUUCCACAGCUUUUGAAGGCCUAGAGUGAUGGGUAGAGGGGCUCAUAGCAAGUGGGGAGAAGCCUGGCUGGGGAUGGCCCUGGGGCUGAGCCAGCUCCCUUGGCGCCCUGCCCCCACCCCAGGAAGUUGGCAUUGUUGGCAGAACAGAGAGCUCAGCAGCUAUGUCCUACUCCAACCUAGAGAGCCUGAGGUCCUGGAAGCUGAGUGGGAACGGAGCAGCUCUCUGCCCCAUCGGGCCAGGGUGCCUUUCCCCCACCCUCCCUCAGGGAAAAGAGUCACUCAGGGCUAAAUGGGUGGGGAGGGCUCUGGUGCCUGUGCUGGACAACAGGGGGCCUCCCCAGAGCCUGGGCUGACUGAGGCUCUGGUAGAGCCCCUGUGAAGGAAAGGGUGGGAGGAAAGCCGAGGGAGAUAAAUCCACCCCUACUGGUGUUGGGUAUUAUCCCAGAAUAAGACAUUGAGGGCACACAAUUAAGUCCAGGUGUUAGUAUUCAGACUAGGAAAGGAAAUGUCCCCAAAGUUGCUGUUAGUCAUGCAUUUCUUCAGCCAGGGCUGGCCACAACCCUUAGGAAGCGCACUGAGGUCCAGAGGCCACCACCACGGCCAUGGCCCUGCCACUCAUGCUGGCGGUGUCCGGUAGGCCCUUUGCAGCCUUUGCCAGGCUUCUUGUACCCCAUAGACACCUGUCCUCUUCUGGCGCUGGUGCUGGUUGAAGGCAAAGCACAGCAGGACAGAUGUCACAAACAGGAACAGCAGCACUGACACGACCGUGAUGAUGAUGACCAUCUGGUUCUGUUCAAGGCCUGGGGAGGAGGGAGCAGUAGCCUUAGAAGUCUCUGGUCCCAGGAGAUCAGCCUGUCCCCAACCCGCCCACUCAUCCAUGCUGCAAUCACCCUGUGUACGGAGAGGAACGGUGCAUGAUGUCUGCCCCAAAAGUAUCAUCUAGAAGAGUGUGCUGGGGUCAGGACCACCAGCCAGGCCUCUGUCAGACUGUGAGGACAGAUGUGUACCUGUCGCCAGCCCUGGGGCUAGCAUGUGGUUACUGGACACCAUGGCCUGGAGGGUGGUGUGAUCCAGACCAAGUCUUCCUUGGGCAGAGCUGAGUGAGUUUCAUGCCAAGUCCCCCAAAGACAGCAAGCAACUCGGCUGCCCAGAAUCACAGGACAGCAGAGUUACAGGGGACCUUGGAAGUUAGCCGGGCCAACUCAUUGUCAAGAGGAGCCAAGGCCAGAACGAGGAGAAUGACUUGGUCAAGGUCUAAUUAGCAGUUGUCACAGAGUCAACUUUGGCUCAGGACGACCCCACGUGUGCUACAGUAGAACUGCGCUCCACAGGGUUUUCAGUGGCUGAGUUUUUGGAAGUAGGCGUUUCUUCUGAGAUGCCACUGGAUGGACUUGAACUUCGAACCUUUUGGUUAACAGCUGAGCAUCUUAACUGCACUACCCAGGGACUCUUGGUCGAGUUCACCCAGCUUGGUAAAGGCCAAGCAACUAGUCUAGCUCUCCUAGAAUAGCUUGGCCUCUGGAACAGCCAGGGUCCAAGUUGGGGAGUUGGGAGAGAGCUUCGGGGAACAGGAAGAGGAAGGGAAAGCUCUGGAGUUAAAUGUGGAGAUGCUGGUUUCUGCCUCCCGAGCCAGCAGAGAGCAGGGCAGGGAUUUUCCCCUAAAGGGCUGGGAGUGGUUGCCCUCUCCAGGCCCCUUGGCUCCCACUCACCAUAGACCUCCAAUGCCUGGGGCUCCGAGACACUGCUAAUGAUGCUGCCGCCGAGAGAGCGCAGGUCCAGCUCCGCCCGGCACAAGAAGUUGUGGUGGCCGUCCUCCCAGUGAGCUGUGACAUUCCGUAUGGCUACGGCUUCUUCGGGGGCAGCUGUUGCCUGCUCAAAGGUCUGGUUGUGCAGCAUUUCAUUGCCACGGAGCAGGGUGAGGGUAAGACUCCUGAGGGGUGCCACAGUGGGCACCUUGCACUCAAUGAUGAAGGAUUGCCCCAUGGCCACCCGGGUGGGCCGCAGCUUCAGCAUCACCUGCUUUGGAGGGUCUGUGGGGAGAAAUGAAGGGAGUCAGGUCAGGGUUGGGGUGCAGUCCCAGCAACCCCCGCCAGACCAGGGCCAGCCCUGCCACCGGGGCAUUCUCUGAUCCCUGGCUGGACUUGGUGGAAGGAAGAGGGCUGGGGCCUGUCUGCUCUGCAGUGCAGGGAAAGGAAGAAGGAAGCAGUGCAGGUAAAGAAUAUACUUGGUGGUGGCUUUUCUGACAUAAUGGCUUCGGGAAUGAACAAAACGGAGGUGCUCAGGCAUCUACAAAGAGAAGGUCCAGAAAUUGUACAGCCAACUGGGAAGAUAUGAAAGUUUGGAUCUGUCUCCCUCCCCUCGAGGAAUUAAAUAGAAUGUUCAAAAAUGAAACAAUUGAGUAAUUAUGUUGAGAAAGACUUGGAGGGAAGAGCUGCUGGAAUUAGUAGGUGAAUGGUGAAGUUUUUCACUCAAGACGCGGGGGCUGGAGUUAGACCGGUCAUUGUUCCACAAGAUCGGGUUCAUAACUGCCAUGAUUCCUUAUUAAAUAGGGCACCUGGUGGUACUGUGGAUUCCUUUUUAAACUAGAAUACUCUGCCUCCACUCACCCCCCUGCCCCCACCCCAGGAUAAUAUGUUAGAUUUAGGACAUCUUUCUCUUCAUUUGAUCUACUGAUGUUGGAAUGGGGAGGACCCAAGUGAUACCCUUAGUGCCAAGAUAAUUGAGAGAAUCCUGGCCUUAUCUGGAGGGUUUUCAGGGGUCAUGGGUGGGUGCGUGUGUGACAGUCACACGUUUCCCAAGGGCCCACAAGGGGAAGAUAAAAAUACCGGGUGAGACCUCAGCUGCUUUGGGGUAAGGGGCCAUUGAAGGGCUGGCCCAGCUGUCUGGAUGAUGCCCCACUGCUGGGGUGGGUGGCCUGGGCUGCUCUGUUGAUGGAGCUGGUACUGAUCUGGGAGGAGACUGUGAACACUGUGUUGGGGAACAACGUUUGAAUUUGUGUACAUCUUGGUUAGACCCUGGUGGUAUAGUGAGUGGUUAAGAGCUAUGGCUGCUAACCAAAAGGUGGCAGUUUGAAUCCACCAGGAACUCUGUGGAAACCCUGUGGGGCAGUUCUACUCUGUCCUGUAGGGUUGCUAUGAGUCAGAACCGACCUGACAGCAACAGGUUUGGUUUUGGUUUGGAUUAGAUUGUCCUCCUCUGAGCAAGACUCAAGUGUCGGUGGCCUGCUCCUGAGAUGCCAGCAGGCUCAGGGACGCCCGUAAAGAGUGUGAGCAGACUCUGAGCCACCUUGUCU